GAGGAAGAAGCAGCGGCGGCGGCGGCUCCUCUUUGCAGAGGGGGAAAACUCUGAGGGAUAAGAGCAGGAAUAAUGCGUCAGGAAAGGCGGGCUCCCGGCUCCCGGCUCCCGGCUCCGGCAGCAGAAGCGGCAGCCCGAGCAGCGACAGCGACAGCACCCUCAGGCUCUGACAGCCCCACCAGCCGGCUCCCUCGCUGACCGCCGACUGUCAAUGGAGCUGGAAAACAUCGUGGCCAACACGGUCUUGUUGAAAGCCAGGGAAGGGGGCGGAGGAAAGCGCAAAGGGAAAAGCAAGAAGUGGAAGGAAAUCCUGAAGUUCCCUCACAUCAGCCAGUGUGAGGAUCUCCGGAGGACAGUAGACAGAGAUUACUGCAGUUUAUGUGACAAGCAGCCAAUUGGAAGGCUACUUUUCCGGCAGUUCUGUGAAACAAGACCUGGGCUGGAGUGUUACAUCCAGUUCUUGGACUCAGUGGCAGAAUAUGAAGUUACUCCGGAUGAAAAACUGGGAGAAAAAGGGAAGGAAGUUAUGACCAAGUACCUCACCCCAAAGUCCCCAGUUUUCAUCGCCGAAGUUGGCCAGGACCUGGUCUCGCAGGCGGAGGAGAAGCUCCUUCAGAGGCCGUGCAAAGAACUCUUCUCUGCCUGUGCACAGUCUGUCCACAACUACCUGAGUGGAGAACCCUUCCACAACUAUCUGGACAGCAUGUAUUUUGAUCGCUUUCUCCAGUGGAAGUGGUUGGAAAGGCAACCAGUAACCAAAAACACGUUCAGGCAGUACCGGGUACUAGGAAAAGGGGGCUUUGGGGAGGUGAGUGAACGCCCACGUUUUCAGUUGGCAGUUUCUGUUCUGCCCCAGGUCACGGCCCCGUGGAGAAGGAGGGGGAGCCUGGGGCCUCUGGGAAGGUCGGAGUGUCUGAAGUGGGGGAGGGCGUGGGCCAGCCCUCAGGCGGAAAGGGGCACUCUGGGCGGUGUCUGCAGCGGGCAGUGUGCCUCAGGCGCUGGUCUCCACCAGCAAGGAACUAGGUCCUUUCUGUUGACGGUCCCUCUGGCCAGCGUGUCCUGCAUGCAAGAGGAGACAGUCUUCGCCCAGCUGCGUUCCACUUCACGAAGCCCACCGGCCACCUCCCCGGCCCAGUCCCUGUGCCCCCGCACUCCCCUCCCUCAGCCCUCCCCUAACUUCAGGGGCCUUGAGGAAGAAGCGCGGAAGUGGGGGACAGCUCCUGAACCUCACCGCGGUACUGUCUUGUGCUCCCAGGUCAACCUGGCCUACGCCUAUGAGACCAAGGACGCGUUGUGCUUGGUUCUGACCAUCAUGAACGGGGGUGACCUGAAGUUCCACAUCUACAACAUGGGGAACCCCGGCUUCGAGGAGGAGCGAGCCUUGUUCUACGCGGCAGAGAUCCUGUGCGGCUUGGAAGACCUGCACCGUGAGAACACGGUCUACAGAGAUUUGAAACCCGAAAAUAUCCUGUUAGACGAUCACGGUCACAUUAGGAUCUCAGACUUGGGCCUGGCCGUGAAGAUCCCCGAGGGAGAGCUGAUCCGCGGCCGGGUGGGCACCGUCGGCUACAUGGCCCCGGAGGUCCUGAACAACCAGAGGUAUGGCCUGAGCCCUGACUACUGGGGUCUGGGCUGCCUCCUCUACGAGAUGGUCGAGGGCCAGUCGCCGUUCCGAGGCCGCAAAGAGAAGGUGAAACGGGAGGAGGUGGACCGCCGGGUCCUGGAGACCGAGGAGGUGUACUCCCACAAGUUCUCCGAGGAGGCCACGUCCAUCUGCAAGAUGCUGCUCACCAAAGAUGCAAAGCAGAGGCUGGGCUGCCAGGACGAGGGAGCCGCUGAGGUCAAGAGACACCCCUUCUUCAGGAGCAUGAAUUUCAAGCGCCUAGAAGCCGGGAUGUUGGACCCUCCCUUCAUUCCAGAUCCCCGGGCCGUGUACUGUAAGGACGUGCUGGACAUCGAGCAGUUCUCCACCGUGAAGGGCGUCAACCUGGACCACACGGACGACGACUUCUACUCCAAGUUCUCCACGGGCUCCGUGCCCAUCCCGUGGCAGAACGAGAUGAUAGAAACAGAAUGCUUUAAAGAGCUGAACGUGUUUGGACCUAACGGUACCCUCCCGCCAGACCUGAACAGAAGUCACCCUCCGGAACCGCCGAAGAAAGGGUUGUUCCAGAGAAUCUUCCAGCGUCAGCAUCAGAACAAUUCCAAGAGUUCGCCCAAUUCCAAGGCCAGUUUUAACCACCACGUCAAUUCAAACCAUGUCAAUUCCAACUCCACCGGAAGCAGCUAGCUGCAGCUUGGCCUUGGAGCCCACGGUGGGACCAGCCUAGACCCUUCUUCCAAGAAGCGGAACUUGUGACCGGUGGAGCUUCCGCUCUGGCUGGGAGGACGGGGGAGCCGUCCGAAAGCCGGGAAAGGAGGCUGUCGCCCCUCAGCGAGGAGCCCCCCAGGUUUCUCAAAGAGAUUUCCACUCAGGUCUGUUGGCAGAGGUGGCCCUCAAGCCGGGGUGGACUGGAUCUGUCUCUGUCGGACAUUGCAAUAGAAAUCCAAUCGGAUACGACGACUUGCACGAAUUUUAAUAGCGUCAUAACUAGAACUGAAUUUUGUCUUUAUUAUUUUUAAAGAAAAGUUUUGUAAAUUUC